AUGAGAGUUUUGUUUGCAUUGCAGUUAGUUGUCCUGGCUGUGUGGGCACAGCCCGUUGAGCUGGGCUGGCACCUGCCCAAUGGCACUUGGAUAAGCGUGCAGCAGGUCGAGCAAUUAGCUGAUACUCCAACGCAGGUUGGCUUCUUUUUAUAUACGCAAGCUAAUUCACAGACUGCUCAGCAUAUUGUGGCCAAUGAUGCGUCUAUUCAAAGCUCACACUUCAAGGCAGCGCGUGCCACAAAGUUUGUUAUACACGGCUGGAAGGGCAGCUACAAGGAUGAAAUGAACAAAUGGAUAACGCAGGCUUGGCUCAAGCGUGGCGACUUUAAUAUCAUUGUAGUCGACUGGGCAGCCUCGCGCACUGAAAACUAUGUAAGUGCAGCCAAGGCUGUGGGCAAUGCUGGCGCCGCAGUGGGUCAGAUGAUACUGCAUUUGCAUGAGCAGCACCAGAUGCCGCUGCAUAACUUGGACGUCAUUGGACACAGCUUGGGUGCGCAUGUUGCGGGCUUCGCUGGCAAGACAGUCGCUCAGAGCGGGCAGCAGGUGCACACUAUUGUUGGCUUGGAUGCAGCCAUGCCGCUGUUCAGCUAUUCGAAGCCCGCCAAGCGCUUGGCCAGCACAGAUGCGCACUAUGUGGAGUCCAUACAGACCAAUGGCGGCAAGCUGGGCUUCGUCAAGCCCAUUGGCAAGGGCACCUUUUAUCCCAAUGGCGGCAAGGAACAGCCUGGCUGUGGCUCUGACUUGGACGGUCUUUGUGCUCACACGCGCUCCGUUGUCUACUAUGUCGAAGCUGUGCAGCAGGACAACUUUGGCAGCAUCAAGUGCAGCGACUAUGAGGCGGCGGUUGCUCAGGAAUGCGGCAGCACUUUCAGCAGCGUUCGCAUGGGAGCCGUAACCAAUGCUUACAUGGUCAAUGGCGAUUUUUAUGUGCCGCUACACACUGAAGCGCCUUAUGGCGUAUUAGAGCACUAAGACAAAUCAAUUUAAAAUUUGCGCUGCUAUCAAUAAAUUGAUUGCAAUAAUAGA